AUGACUUUACAGAGCGGUUUUCCACUACUAUUGCAACAAUACAAGGCGUUGUUGAAGAAGAACCUCUUGCUUUCAUGGCGGAGCAAGAGGGCUACCUUUAUACAGCUCUUCUCCUCCUUCUUCUUCGUCUUCCUCAUUUUCUUUAUCCAGAGGGGCCUCAAGGCUCAAGAAGCCAAGUCCACCGACUACAAGACCCUCACCAAUCCUCAACCUCUUGUUUCGCCGCCCAUCCCUCCAUGCGAACACAAAUACUCCAUUCAAAAGCCCUGCUUUGAUUUCGCCUGGAGCGGAAAUGGAAGCGCUAGGAUUCAGACCAUUGUCAAUGCUAUCAUGGCUAAUAAUCCGGACAGGCCGAUUCCCUCGUCCAAGGUCAAAUCGUUUGGAACAAAAGAUGAAGUAAAUGCAUGGCUGUACAGUAAUCCUAUGCAUUGCUCAGGAGCUUUGCAUUUUGUAGAAAGAAAUGCCACUGUAAUUAGCUAUGGCAUACAGACUAAUUCUACUCCUGUUAAAGCACGAGGGCAAUACGAAGAUCCAACGUUCAAAUUCCAAAUACCGCUUCAGAUUGCUGCAGAGCGUGAAAUUGCCAGGUCUCUGAUUGGAGUUCCAAAUUUUAGCUGGGUUCUUUCACUCAAGGAAUUUGCACACCCUGCACGGGAGGCUUUCGCUGAGUUGACUGAUGUAGUUCCAGUCAUCUUUUUUGCGGCUUCCAUGUUUGGUUUUGUGUUUCAAAUGAGUUCUUUGAUCACAGAGAAAGAAUUGAAGCUUAGACAGGCAAUGACAAUGAUGGGCCUUUAUGAUACUGCAUACUGGUUCUCAUGGCUCACAUGGGAAGGAGUUAUUACCCUUCUCUCAUCACUUUUCACAGUUCUAUUCGGAAUGAUGUUUCGGUUCGAUUUUUUCCUAAACAACAGUUUUGCAAUCUUAUUCCUCGUCUUCUUUCUCUUCCAACUCAAUAUGAUUGGUUUUGCCUUUAUGCUGUCAACCUUCAUAAGAAAGUCAUCUACAUCCUCAACUGUGGGUUUCUUCAUAUUUAUUGUUGGCUUUAUAACCCAGAUUGUUACAGUAACCGAUUUUCCCUACAGUACAAACUUCAAAUCCAAAAGGACUGUUCGAAUCGUCUGGUCAUUAUUCCCACCUAAUCUUCUUGCCAAAGCUUUACAGAUGCUCGCGGAAGCAACAUCCACUCCAAAGGAUAUUGGGAUUAGCUGGAGUACAAGGACAAAGUGUGGGCCAAAUGAUGAUCAUGAUUGUAUGACAAUUAACGACAUCUAUUUGUGGCUGGUGGCUACAUUCUUCCUCUGGUUUAUAUUGGCAAUCUACUUGGACAAUAUCAUCCCAAAUGUAUCUGGUGUGAGAAAAUCAGUGUUUUACUUUUUGAAUCCAGGAUACUGGACAGGGAAAGGUGCAAACAAGUUGGAAGAGGGUGGCAUUUGUAGUUGCAUGGGUUCAGUUCCACCGCAGGAGCAUUUUACGCCGGAUGAUGAAGAUGUGCUUGCAGAGGAGAACAUUGUAAAACAACAAACUAAGGAAGGCACAGUUGAUCCAAACAUUGCAGUUCAGAUACGUGGCAUUGUAAAGACAUAUCCCGGGACUACCACAAUUGGUUGCUGGAAGUGCAGGAGGACUUCACCGUACCAUGCUCUCAAGGGUUUGUGGGUCAACUUUGCAAAGGAUCAGUUAUUUUGUCUACUUGGUCCCAACGGAGCUGGGAAAACCACCGCAAUCAAUUGUUUAACUGGCAACACACCGGUGACUGGAGGAGAUGCAUUGAUUUAUGGAAAUUCUGCUCGGAGCUCUGUUGGCAUGGCAAAUAUUCGAAAAAUCAUAGGAUUUUGUCCGCAGUUCGAUAUUCUUUGGGAUGCCUUGACUGGGCAAGAGCACCUUCACCUCUUCGCUAGUAUUAAAGGCCUCCCCUCAGCUUCAGUAAAAUCGGUUGCUAAGAAGUCAUUGGCAGAGGUGAGACUCACUGAGGCAGCCAAAAUGAGAGCUGCGAGUUACAGUGGAGGAAUGAAACGUCGCCUGAGUUUCGCCAUAGCCCUUAUUGGUGAUCCAAAGUUACUUAUCUUAGAUGAACCGACGACUGGUAUGGAUCCCAUAACAAGGAGGCAUGUAUGGGACGUCAUAGAGGAUGCAAAGAAAGGUCGUGCAAUUGUCCUAACCACUCACUCAAUGGAAGAAGCUGACAUUUUAGGUGACAGGAUAGGAAUAAUGGCAAAGGGUAGGCUCCGUUGCAUUGGAACUUCAAUCAGGCUCAAGUCAAGGUUUGGGACUGGUUUUAUUGCCAAUGUGAGCUUGGGAAGCACAAAUGGGCAAAAUCCUCAUCAGGAUGCUGUGAAGCAGUUCUUUAAAUACCAUUUGGAUGUCUUACCAAAAGAAGAGAACAGAGCAUUUCUGACUUUUGUUAUUCCUCAUGAUAGAGAGGGGCUUUUGACGAAAUUUUUUGCGGAGCUUCAAGAUAGAGAAAGAGAAUAUGGCAUAGUAGACAUCCAUCUUGGACUUACAACUCUUGAAGAAGUCUUCUUGAAUAUCGCAAGGCAGGCAGAGCUAGAAGCUGCCACAGCUGAGGGGAGGUCGGUUACUCUCACUUUAACAUGCGGAGAUUCAGUUAAGAUACCUGUAGGAGCUAGGUUUGUGUGGAUUCCAGGAACGGAAUGUGCAGAAUAUCCAAGUGGGGUUAUGGUACAAGUUUUCUGGGAGCAAGAUGAAUCUGGUGCUCUCUGCAUAUCCGGCCACUCUCCUGAAACCCCAAUACCUCCUAAUGUUGAAGUGACCCCAUCAAGCAUGGAUUCAUUUGGCCCAUCCGGCCAUUCCCAACCGGUUCAUGGAAUUCUGAUUCAUCCUGGCGAACUCAGUAAAACAAAUUCUCGUUCAUACCUCUAGUUAUAAGUUAACAGAGAUAUUAUA